UAAACAUAAGUUUACGACUAAAUCUGCUAAAAACAUUUGUUGCAUAAUUAAUAUAUGAAUUUAUUUUAUGGCUGUGACGCCGCGUUAGCACUUCAGUUUGCAUAUUUACUCAUAGCAAAUCAGCUAAGACAUCGUUUUAUAUGUCAACAGGCUCAUUUAAGUGACGCUACAGCGCAUGAUCAAUACCGAGUGUUUGAUUAAGAACAUUUGGAUAAUACAUUCCAUUAACCACACACGCAAAUACAGAUCGAUCAGACAGCUCGGGGGAAGUAAUGUCUUGUUAGUCCUCUUCAGUGAGAUGGACAGCUUUGUGCAGGUACCUGUAGAGUAAAACCACUCUGAUCAUGUCUGGUAGCGCAUCCGAUGACAUACUAGAGGCUGCAGCCAAACGACAGCAGAGAAAAGUUCCGCACACCUCUACUGGGAAAGAUGACUUGAUAAAUGAAAUGACAAAAGUCAGUUUGCGGGGCUCAAACGCGCAGGUGUCUGACAUUCCCGACUUUGGCAGCCAGAUGGAAAGACCACGUACAUCAAGACGUGCUCGCUCGCGGACUGCAGAUAAUACAGCUAACGAUUUCAUAGACAACUCGCAACCUUUGGUGCCGUUUCUCUUGUGUAGGUGCCAAAACCAGGAUCUCCGCACAAUGGUCGAUUCUUCUUCUCCCGUUUCAUUCAUUAACAAGGACGCAUUUCUCAUGUGCGGAUAUUCACUUGACCAAAUGGAAAAAGUCGCGUUCAUAUCUUCAACAAAUCCGUCCCUAAAAAUAAUAGGAAGAAUGAAGAAUAUUCCAGUUACUGUUGGUGAAAAGGAACUGAUGCUGGACGUAUUUGUCACCGAGUCGGGUCCCGAUUUAUGCUUUGGUGUUGAUAUACUGACGACUUACAGAGGAGUAUUAAACUUUGCCAAGCGGAACCUGACGAUAAGCGGGCACCAGGUGGAGCUUUUGACGGAGCGUGAUGUACCUCUCAGAUACAGGACGGGGAAACCUGCCGCGUCCAUGUAACAGCCGAUGUAAUAACAAAGCCAGAUAAAAAUUCUAUUCCCGUUUAUACAGUCACAUAAGGAGUUGAAUAUUUCGUAGUUUUUAGACUUUCAUCUAUUGAUAAUGGCAAACUCUCAGGAAAUUUUUAUAGAACAGCCGAAGUAAGUUAAGGCAUGUGGGAUGUUUAAGCCAAAAGUAUUCGAAAAGACCAUUCUUCAUACAUGUUUAGAACUCUAAAAGUUUGUUAGAUUGUCAACCCAUAUCUCUGCUUAAUCAGUCCAAUGACGAUAAUGUGCUUUUACCAUAUGAUCGCUAGAACUUAUAUGAUGAACCCAAAUAUAAUCUUUUUUGGCUGUAAAUUGUAACAUACCGGUGUCAUACAGUAGACUGCUUUUCUCGAUAAAUAAGCAAAAUUAAGAAAAAGUAUUUAUGCUGUGUUACCGAAUAGAUAUGGACUGAAAGAUUGCCAGGGAAGAACUACAGUCGCGAAAUACUUCUUCACUUUCGAACUUCCUACAUCUUAUAAAUUCCUAUGCCAACUAACUUGUGAAUUAAAUCAAAACGCUGCUAUUAAUAAAACUUAGUUAACUUUAUUUUCAUAUUAAAAAGCAUAUAUGUAGAAAGUA